GUGGACGGGGUGGAUCGAGAGGAAGGGGAGGGAGAGGAAGGGGAGGGAGGGGGGCGAUGGCGGAAGGUAGGCGCAAAGUAGGAUUUCGAGGUCCAGGCAGAGGUGACGAAGAUAAUGGCAGCCGACAUGGAGGGAGGGGGGGGCAGGGGCAGAAUAGGAAGGGGGGUCGGCAGGGGCAAAAGGCGGGUCAGCAGGAGCAAGAGGGGGGUGUCCAUGGGAUGACCCAAGAUCCUUAUGAAUAUGAAGAGGAGGUGGCAGACGAGGAGAGGGGGAAAAAUAGGCGCUACGAUAACAUGGAGGUCUAUGAGUACGAGCUGCCCGAGGAUUUCGAGGAUGAGGAGAUUGACGAGGAUGAGGCGUUCACCGCAGAAGAUAAAAAACGUUUUGGUGAAGCGAUGGCUGACAGCCAAGAAGAAGAAGAAGAAGAGGAGGAGGAGGAAGACGAUGAGAGUGCUGGCGAUGGCGAAAUCGAUUUGAAAUCUGACGAGGAAAGCGAUGAAGAAGUAGAAAAGGAGGAAGAAGACGACGAAGAAGAAGACGAGGAGGAGGAGGAAGGGGAAAGUGAUGAGGCGGGAGGGGAAGAAGACGCAACUGAAAAAGAAGAAGAAGAAGAAGAAGAAGAAGAAGAUGGAAAGGAUAGAGCGGGGCAGAGAAAAAGCGCGAGAAAGAAGAAGCGACGACCUUCGGGAACAUCCUUAUCUGUAAGGGCAGAAAAGACAAAAAAAGAGCAAUCCGAUGACAGCGGCGACGAUACUAAAUCUUUUCAGCAAGACGAAGAAGAAGAAAUUUCAGCUAUGGAAGAUCUCGAGGAGGAGGAGGAAGAAGAUGAAGAAGAUAUGAUGGACGAUGAGGAUGAUGAGGAGGAUGGCGAUGUGGAUAACGAUGCUGACGUGGCAGAGCGUCACAGGAUGAUGCUGGAGGCGGUAACUGGCCGAGUUUUGGCGGGAAAGGAUGGAGAGAAAGAUGGCGGGAAAAAGCGGCAGCAGCAGACGGACAGCAGCAGGCGAAAGCGGACCUCCACGGUGGUUUCGGAAGCGUUCCCGGAGUCGGAAUUCAACGUGGGAGUCGGGGUCGCGACCGCAGGAGUGAGAGAAGGAGGUGGUAAGGUGACCGUAAGCGAGCUGGUGGGGUCGUUGGCAGGAACACAAGGGUUCGCGGCUCUAAGGAAAAAAAUGGACGCCCUUCAGCGGACGGCGGCUCCCCCUGUUGCUGUCCCCCUGGCCAAGCCUAUCAAAGAGAGAGUGGAGAGGCAAGUAGGGUACAGCAAGGCAAAGGAGGAGGUUUCAAAAUGGGCGCCGAUCAUCAGGAAGAAUAGAGAUGCACCGACAUUGGUGUUCAACAAGGUGGAGCUUCCGAGAGUGACGACAGCACAUAUUGCGACCAUUAAGCCAAAAACAGCCAUGGAGAAGGAGAUUGCUGCUGUGCUGGAAGAAAGUGGUCUCGCAGAUGUCAAGCGACUUGAGAACGCAGAGGAACUAGAGCUCAACAAACUCACUGUGGAAGAGGUUCGAGAACGGAAGGAGAGACUGGCAAAGAUGAGGAGCUUGCUGUUCCAGCAUGAGGCUAAGGCACGGAGAAUGAAGAAGAUCAAGAGCAAGACUUAUCACCGCAUCAAGCUCAAGGAGGAGGCCAAGAGAGCUGAAAAAAUGAAGAUGGCUGUUGAGGAGAUGGACCCAGAAGCCGCGAGGGAGGAAGAAAUGAAGCGGGAGAGGAUGCGGGCAGAGGAACGACUCAGGCUGAAGCACAAGAACACGUCAAAAUGGGCACGUCGUAUCAUCAAGAGAGGGCUGCAUGCCCACAAUGACGACGGCACACGGGAUGCAAUUGCAGAGCAGCUGCGCAUGCACCAGAUGCUCACAAGGAAGAUCGCAUCGUCAAGGAAAGAUGAAGAUAGCAGCGACCUCGAGGACAGCAGCGAUGCGACGUCGAGCGAGGAGGAGGGUGGUGGUGGUGGUGGUACUGAGGGAGGCGAAGCAGGGGCUGCCGCGGCAAGCUCAAGGGCAAGGAUAAAAGCGGCAGCGAAAGGCCGCGCAAUGCUUCUCAAGGAUCUGGAGGAAGGGAAACUUGAAGAUGCUCCCAGCACUGGCCUCUUCGCCCUGCCAUUCAUGAAACGUGCAAUUGAAAAGAGGAAGAAGGAAGCUGAGGAGGAAGCCAUGGCCUUGCUGAAGGAGUUGGAGAGUAAAAUCGCAGCUGGAAGGGAGUCCGCUCAAGAUGGUGCGCCCGAUGCACUGAUGGAUGACGGGGAGGACGACGAGAAUGCUGGUCCUGUACGAGGGAGGCUGGCGUUUGGAGACAUGGCAGAGCAAGCGAACAAAGCAAAUGACAAAAGUCGAAGACGGAGACGUGGGGAAGAUGACUACGACGAGGAAGAUGACGAGGGGUUGAUAUACAACAGUGAUGAUGAUGAUGAUGACCGUAUUCGCCGUCGAGCCAGAUUGGACGACGAGGGCAUGUCUGAUGAAGGCGAUGUUGCAGAGCUUGGAAUUGAACGGAAGGACGAGACAAACAGGCAGGACAUAGCAGAUGGAAGAGCACGGUCCAAUGAUGGAGCUGGAACUAGUGAGGGUGAUACCCGAACUCAACAGCAGCAGAUCGGUAGGGCAGGGGGUUCUGCUGAACGUAUAGGCGGGCAGUUUGCGACUAGGCAGGGGCCAACAGCAGAUGUGUUGACGCAAGGGACACACGAGGGAAGAGAAGGCGACAAGAAGAAGAAGAAGAAGAAGAGGGGCAAGAAUGCAAAGGUGCUACUGGCAAGUUCUGAGCUUCCAGAUGGAGAUCCUGUGCAACGUAUAGGCCAGUCAGCGACUACGUGGGGGCCAACAACGGCGAAGCAAGAGAAGCAGGAGGGAAGAGAAGGGGAGGAGGAGGAGGAGAAGAAGAAGAAGAGCAAGAAGAAGAAAAAGACAAAAAAGGGCAAGAAUGCAGAGGGCGUACUUGGAGAAGGUACUGAGCUUCGAGGUGUGGUGGCGAAUACAGCAGCAGCUGCAGCUAAUACAUCCGGCGGCUCCAGUGCCGAGAACACACGGAAUGCUAAUGCUCGUCCUCCUCAGAUGACACGAGGUUCAGUGAAGCAGGGUGCUGGUGCAGCGAAUGUGGACUUGGCUGUGAUGCUUGUGCAUAGUCAAGCAAAGGUGGCUGUGCUGAGCGAGAAGUCAGACGACCACACAGCGGCAGCAAAGGGAGAGGAUGGGGGGAAGAAAAGGAAGAGAAAGAGAAAGGCGAGCAAAGGGAAGAAAGAAGUUGACGGUCAUGCAGUAGCCGAAGCCAUCAAAGUAGUAGCGGAGGAAGGGAGUGAGGGCAGUGAGGAGGGUGAAGGAGAGGAAGAGGAUCUUGAUGAAGGAGGAGGAGCCCUUGGGUCCCAGAGGGAUUUGAUCCGUCGUGCUUUUGCAGGCGAUGACGUGCAAGCGGAAUUUGACGAGCUGAAGAUGCAAGCGGUUGAUGAGGAAGUUCCCCUGGGCGAAGGGCCUGUUCACAUCCCAGGUUGGGGCCAGUGGACAAGGGUGCAGGAGAGGCGAGGGCCUCCAGAGUGGAUGUUGAAGGAGCAUGAGGAGCUUCUCCGUAAAAAGGAAAAGGCACUCGCGAUGCGCAAAGAUGCUGGGAAAAAACAUUUAUUUAUCAAUGAAAGGCUAGAUAAAAAGGUGAUGAAGUUUGCGACUCAGAAUGUGCCUUAUCCAUACAGCUCGGCGGAAGUCUUCGAGUCAAGAAUGCAGUUCCCGAUAGGAAGGGAGUAUAAUGCCAACUCAGCAUUCCGUGACAUGAUUCGACCAAAGGAGAUAAAAACCGCAGGCAUCAUCAUAGAUCCUAUCAAAUACGUGAAGUCGGAGAAUGGAGGUGGUGCUGCAGCUGCGAAAACAAAGAGACCCGGUGAUGAGAAAAAGAAGUUCUCGCAUCGUAGAAAGUCUGGCGGUGGGAAACGGCAGAAGCAGGGGUGAUUGGCCGUGGAGUCUGGACAUUUUUGCUUUGUCGAGGAGUUGACAUCAACUACAGCGGGCCAAGGAGCGUGGAUGGAAAUCCCAUGCAGAGGGUGCCGAAAGACGGCAAGGCUUCUCAUGGCGGAAAGGUUGACGAAGGUGCAACAGCCUUCUAAGUUGAAGGUCACAGGUUCAAAUCCUGUAGGAUGCUGAAUGCGGACGCAAUUGCACGGACUUACGGGCUAUGGCAGGUCUUUUAUAGCUGCUGGUGCACAUCAUAGCAACCCCAGGUAAUUGCUGCCGAGCAUGCAGGCUACUAUGCAUCAGGUAAUAGAAAACCCAGCACCAUACGGCAGAGUGUGCAUAAGGAAGAUGAUGAUGCAAACACAUUUUACCAUAGCGAGUUUCCACAGAAGGAAGUGGCGAGUAAGUUUUUGCUACCAUAGCGAGUUUCUCCGGAACAAGUGGCACGUAUGUGUUUGCUACCAUAGCGAGUUUCUCCGGAAGCAAGUGGCGAGUACGUGUUUGCUACCAUAGCGAGUGUCCCCGGAAGCAAGUGGCGAGUACGUGUUUGCUACCAUAGCGAGUUUCGCCGGAAGCAAGUGGCGAGUAAGUGUUUGCUAAUCUGUAACGGUAUGGAGACGAGAGGUUCGCAAUCGAUGCAGGUGAGUUUCUCUUCGUAGAUGCAUCUGAUUUUUGGAUUUUGUGUUGGGCUCAGAUGAUGUAGAUGCUUGGUGCUUGGAUUGGCAUUUGGGGGACAGAAUACCUGUCCCAGAAUUUGUGUUGGGAUUCCCUGUCUGCACAUGUUGUCCGUCUGCGGUCUCUGUUUUGAUGCUGGCGAGCGAGUAGCCUUAAUGCUUAUUAGCUACAAGGAUCAUUCUGGGCAAUCUAGAGUUUUGACUUUUAACAUAGGGGCUCGGUAGUUUGCGCAACUUUGCGGACCUUCGGUUUUCUAGCAGAGGACAGUAUUCUGUUUGAGCUUUCUGCUUUUCCAGCAAAGCCUGGCCUUGUACUGGGGGAGUCAGGAAGAAUGUAUGUUGCGGCACGUCUGUGUUUUCGGGAAUGUAGAUUUUUUGUACCCACUGAGAGCAUAGUUAUUGGAACACCUAAGCCGACUUCGG